AACAUCGACGACGCGAUCGUCAGUGAACUCGGAGAGUCGGACCCCGAAGAGGAAGAGAGACUCCGGGCGAUUCUACGGAAACACCGAAUGAUUUUCUUGGGAGAAGGAAACACGCUUCCUCCCCCUGCACGGGGCGUCGUGGAUGUUGGGGACGCAAAACCCAUUUCCAUGCGGUCCCGGAGGAUUCCUGCCGACUUACUGUCCAAGGUGUACGAGUUGCUCAAGCGUCUCCUGGAAACUGGUUUGAUCGAGUACUCCGACUCGGAGUGGGCAUCGCCCAUCGUCCUCGUCAUGAGGAAGAAUGGUACCGAUGUCUGCCUGUGCAACGACUACCGGUUGGUGAAUCAGCUGAUCAAGCUGACGAACUACCUUCUAUCCCUAAUCGACGAACUCAUGAGCAAUUUCGCCGCCACUAUGUGGUUCAUGACUCUGGAUAUGGCGAGUGGGUUCAGGGCGGUUCCUAUGACGCCCGAGCUCAGCUGA